CACCACAGCCGGUGGAGGAGAAGAUAUUGUUGAGUUUCCUCUUAGGCCGUGGCGUCGGACGUCAACUCGGCCAACGGCAAUGGGUGAAUGCCACUGACCUGCGCCGUGAUGCUGACACUUGCAAAGCGGUCCCCCCAUUGCUCGUUGGCUAGUCUCCUCCUCCGGCAAGGAGCUAGCGCGAAAGCCGUUGCGACCGAGAUCUGGACGUCGAUGCGCGGCCUAGCGUCGUACUCUAGUAGCGAGAAUAUUGCCUUGCCUCCCAAGACUUGGGAAGGUAUUGUGCCGCUCGUUUGGGAAUUGGUUUCGCGAGGGGCUCCUCUUGACAAAGAGUCGACCGUGCUCCUGGGAUCGUUCGGCUACGCCUUGGCCGUUGAUUACGGGUAACGCAUGGGCAUCCGGAUGCGGUGGUUUGCAGAGCCGGCUACGCCAUCCUCCCCUCCAUCCUCCUCUCGGAGUCCCUGCGAAUUCUUGAAUUUGAAGAUCGAGACAAGAUUCCAUGCAUGUGAUAUUA